AUGUUUCAAAGGGGUGGAUUUAAGAGUUCUAGUGUUCCACAACCAUCCCGACAAGCUUCCAAUAUACCUACCCCAACCUUAAGUACAGCUCGAUCACCACCAUGUGCUAAGUGUGGGAAAUCACAUCCUAGGAGCUGCUGGAUUCCUAUGAAGGGUUUAAACGUGAUUAUUGGUGUAGAUUGGUUGAUGGCAAAUAAUGCCACCUUAGACUGUGCUAGAAAGAUAGUUUUGUUACCAGUAUAUGCUGCACCGGCUAAUAUUCCUAGUAAGUCUAAGUUUUUAUCAGUAGUGCAAGUAAAGAAACUAAUGCAACAAGGGUAUAUGGCUUAUAUGGUUUUCUUCUCAGUGCAUGGGGUCUAUGAUAGAAGUAUUGAUAAGAUUAGGGUAGUGAAUGAAUUACCUGAGGUAUUUAUGGAUGAUAUGUCUGGUUUGCCUCCAGAAAGGGAAGUGGAAUUCACGUAG